CUUGCACUGCACAAUAAUCUUUGGAAACGUUCAGUUAAAACUGUGGCUAGAAACAUCGCAGUGGUUACAAUUUGGAUGGUAAAAAAGAUGGGUGUUUCGCAGUGUGUUGCCUGUUUGGCGAUGAUACAUGUAGCUCUUCUGUUGAGUGGCCAGGUGGAAUGCCUUGACAGUCAAUGUGGUGGAUAUCAUCAUCAAAUGUUCAGUGCAGAAAACAGAGCUCUGAAACACUCCACAUUCAUGAAGAAAACUGUAUCAAAUCAUGUCAUAUGUGGACGAGACUGCUACAUUGAUAAGAACUGUAAGUCUUUCAACUUCGACAAAUGCAAUAAACUGUGUGAGUUAAACAACGGUACGAGAGCUCUGCAUCCUGAAGAUUUCCUUGAAGAUCAAGGGAGUGUUUACUUUGAUACAGAUGAGGACACAGUUCUCUUCUCUUUGCCAGAUAGUUCUCUUCAUCACUACAAAAGUUGUAAGGAGAUGUUAGAGGCAUGUUACUCCAGGAGCGAUGUAUACGUAAUCUACCCAGAAGGGUUAUCUGAUGGUCUGGAAGUCUUCUGUGACAUGGAGACUGAUGGAGGGGGAUGGAUUGUGUUUCAGAGACGGCAGGACGGCAGUGUGGACUUCUACCGCACCUGGGCUGAGUACAAGGCUGGCUUUGGUAAUCUUUCUGGUGAGUUCUGGCUGGGUAAUGAUAACUUGAUGACUUUAACGUCUGAUGACUCACAGGGACCAUGGGAGCUUAGGGUGGAUCUUUACGACAAUAACGAAACGGCAUUUGCGAAGUAUGAAGAUUUCAAGAUUGUUGGUGCAAACUACACUCUUGAGUUUGGUGCAUACGAUGCAAGCAGUACUGCUGGUGACUCUCUUGAUGAGAACAACGGAAUGCCCUUUUCUACGAUGAAUAAUGACAAUGAUAAGUGGGAAGAUAACAUGGCUGCACGUCAUGAAGGAGCCUGGUGGUUUCCCGAAAGUCUCGCAUCUCACUUAAAUGGUAAAUAUUACCCAACUGGGCCUAAUUUAUACGCCAACGGCAUUCAAUGGAUUAGUUGGCGAUAUGAUUAUUCUCUCUCAAAAUGCAGCAUGAAAAUCCGUUAAAAUGACGUCCGAAUGAUUCGUUUUAAUCUUGUUCAGAUUAAAACAAUGAAAGCAAUAUUUAAAAUAGGAACCUGCCAGCUAACGAAAAAGCCCAAGAGUUCCGUUAUCGCAAAA